UAACUGAAAUAAUAUUGCUUGCAUAUAACAACGGAUUAGUUUGAACGCAAGAACAGUUUUAUUCGAUGUAGACCAUGUCAGGAUCACGCAAAACCGUAGGUUUUAGCAAAAAACUCAAAUUUUAUGGAUUGAAAAAUAUUUAAUGUGUGUGUCAAGUUGGGCGGGUAUUUCCGAGUCUUCUAGCUGUAAUAUAAGUAAGGAAGAUAUACAUUUGUUAGUAACCGCGCGAUCGAAACUGCGUUUAACAGCUGUUACUGUUCAGAUUUUUAAUUUUUAAAUAUUUAAAAUAGAGUUUUAUCAUUAGAAUACUUGUGAAAGCAUCUUAAGAUACUAUUGAACCGCAUCGAAGCUUUCAAUAUCAUUAUGGUCUGUCUACCCACAAACGGCUGCGUUGGAAAUCUUAGUAAUAUUCGCAUUUCAUUGAAACCGUUAAUGGGGUAGCAAGCUCGAGAAAUAAAGAACUAUGAUCAGAAUAGUAAAGGUGAUCUGUGAAGGAGGCAUGGAUGUGCAACUCAUUUGAUUCUCGUUAUGAGGGCAAAACAAAAUAAUAAACUGUAUAUUUUUACAGCUUUACCACCGAGAACACGGAUUAGAACUCUAAUCCAGCAUUAGAGUUUACUACGAGGGUUUAAACAACUAGAGACCCGUACUUUUAAAAAUCAAACACAUUCCAUGUCAGACCGCCUGAAGCAAUAUUUUGUCAUCACAAAAAAGAAGAGAAAACUCUCAUUGCAAACAUAAAUUUGUCUCAGAGAGAAAGAGGACAGCUCCGAUCAGAAACACAAGCAAGCAUUAAAAAAAAAUGUCCUUUAUCGUGGCACCAGAAUACGAACCUUUCGUUUGCUUUGGGCCAGGAACCCUGGCCUAUGAAUGGGUAGCUUUUGGGGUAAUGAAACCGAAAAAAAGGUGCAGCACGGGUGAAACUGACCAGGAUAAGAUGCCAGGGUUAAUCAAAGUGAACGGCUUACACCGAGGUAGUCUGACAUCGUUGUAAGCCAUAAACAAAAGUGAGGAUAGCUGAGCCUGGGUGAUGAUAACUGAAACGCUACCCCGAAAAUAGUAACCCUACCCGUCCGUUAUUAAUUCUUAAUGGUUUGAAAUUCUUUUAUUGUUCUUUCUGCUGCACCUGUGCCUGACUUACAGCACGAGACAAGUGCCUUCAAAAAGCCAGGCUCUCUUCCCCCGUUUUCCAUUACGUGCUGAACAAACUUCCAAAGACGAUUUCCCCGAUAAAGAAAACAACGCAGCGCGCGCGCACACACACACACGCGCGCGUGCACACCCGCGUCUGCCGCACACGCCGCGCUAUCGCGGACUCCUGUCGAGUGUCGUGAGAUUUUCCUCCUCGGCACCAAGUCGAAUUUGCGCGGCUUGAGCUGAACCUGCGUUGUGAUUGGUCGGAGGGCGGAGCUUCGGCUGACGAAAUGCCCGCCUCUGACACGAAGGCGUGGUAGAAGGGGCGGGGCGGACGCGUCCACUUUGAAGCCAUGUAGGGAGGGAAGCAUGCGCUCUAGAUUUGGUUGCAACGUGAAAGAGAAACCGCGCGUUGGUGGAAAAUUGCAUUAUCCUGGGCGGUACAAGCUAGAAUAAAACUCUGAAAAUAAAGAGGAGUCAUGACAGUUUGGACAGUUCCGACGUGUGGCGGAUGGAUGGAUUUGUUCUUGUCUGACAGUCGACACAACUGAGUGCAAGUCACACACAGCGUUUUAUGACGGCGAGAUGGCUGCCCACUACGGAACUAUGGACGGGGGUCCAGGAAUGUACGACCCCCACCGUACCAUGUCCGGGCACCCGCUCUCACACGCCGGAGCCCUCAACCACGCGUCAGCCCUCCACCAGUAUCCACCAUACACGUCGGCCUCCUCCAUGUCCGGAGUGAUGACCUCCUCUCAGGAUUCGCAGAUCAAACGUGACAAGGACUCCAUCUACGCUCACCCUUUGUUUCCCUUGCUGGCUUUGAUAUUUGAAAAAUGUGAAUUGGCAACGUGCACCCCGCGGGAACCCGGGGUAGCAGGCGGCGAUGUGUGUUCUUCAGAAUCUUUCAACGAGGAUAUAGCUGUGUUCAGCAAGCAAGUGUUGGCUCGAUCAGACAAGCCACUUUUCUCAGCCAAUCACGAACUGGACAGUUUGAUGAUACAAGCUAUUCAGGUCUUACGUUUUCAUCUUCUGGAGUUAGAGAAGGUACACGAGUUGUGUGACAAUUUCUGCCAUCGCUACAUAAGCUGCCUAAAGGGGAAAAUGCCCAUCGAUCUCGUCAUUGAUGAGCGUGAUGGGGGAGGGGCGAACCCCACCCCCACCAAGUCCUGCUCCUCUACCACCACAUCUUUAUCAGAAAACCCGCUGGAUCAUAGCCAUAUGGAUAAUAGCGCAGACCAGAGACCGCCCUCCAACAACCUGAGCUUCGGCCAGCAGGACGACACACAGUCCUCCCGAUCAGGGGACACACCUGUCCCUCCUAGUCAGUCCAACACAAACUCCUCGCAGCUCGCGGAGAACAACAGCGAAUCUGGUGACGGGCUGGACAACAGUGUAGGUUCUGGGGAGGGCACUGCCGACGAAGACGACGACCGUGGCUCCAAACGGAACAAAAAACGUGGAAUAUUCCCUAAAGUCGCCACCAACAUCAUGAGGGCAUGGCUCUUCCAGCAUCUCUCGCACCCUUACCCUUCAGAGGAGCAGAAAAAGCAACUUGCUCAGGACACAGGCCUCACUAUCUUACAAGUCAACAAUUGGUUCAUCAACGCCCGGAGACGAAUAGUGCAGCCAAUGAUUGACCAGUCCAACAGAGCAGGUCCUGGUAUGCAUCCAGCCUACAACCCCGAGGCAGGCCUUGGCUACAUGGACACACAGCACAUGCAAAUGGGACCUCACAGGCUUCAAGGCAUGCACGAUAUGUACGACCCCAUGAAGGCUGGAUACUCUCACCUGGACGGCUCGCAGCGCUACGACAUGUACCGCGCGGACAUGUACGGGACGCCACCCAGCUCGUACUCGCAGAUGUCGCAGUUCUCUCCCCCUGUGCACUCGCAGGCCAUGCUGAUUCCCGGCCACCCGCACCACAUGAUGAUGGGCCACAACCCCAUGGGUGCCCACGGGAUGGCGGCGGCCCAGAGCCCCCCGCUGCACCACGGUAGCAUGGACGCGAUGGGAGGACACAUACAGGACAUUCACGCUGGAUAACUUGCCGAGUCUCAUACCCUCGCCCCCACCCAAUCAUGGCUGCUGAGGGAGAGGUGCGUUCUCCCCACCCCCACCUCCAGGGCAGCGCUGGCUGUGUGUAUCUGUGUGACCAUCGCCCGCCUCCGCAGCGCUGCCUGCUCUACGGGGGAGGGUGGGGACAGGGAAAUGAGGGGUGGGGGAGAGGAGGACAACUCUACAAGCAUCAACUUUCGUCACUGACUUCGACAGGUCAGUCGUGCGCCACCUCCUCGCAACAGCCCACGUGACCCUUUGCACUAUAUUUUGAUUGAUCAAUGGUUUUCGGUGGCAGAAUAUCGAGGCUCAGGGUGCAGGCUAGGAGCCCAGGUGGACAGCCAUGUUGUGUUAAAACUGACAUUUUCAAACUUUAUUCAGUUAUUUGGCUGAAGGCACCUCCCCGACUCCCCUCUCAGUUGAAACUGUUCUCUCGCCGACCUAAACCAAAUAUCGUAGCUGUGUUGAUGACACUCUCCCAGAGGUGGAAUAUUCGUACUGAGCAAACAUGUUUCCAUCAAAUAAGUGAAUCGCUUGUGUGGAUCAGACAAAGUGGAGAGGCUGUAUAUCAGUGCUGGGAUGGAGAGAGGGAAAAAAACAAUUUGAAGCGAAAGUGGCUGGCAACUUGUGUUCCUGAGGCACCGCUCAGGAUCUUAGUGGAAGACUGAAAAGAUGUGUUGCAGUAUAUAGCGAGGGACUGUCGAGGGCUGGAUUAUGUGCUCCGCUCGUGACCAGAAGUGCAGGCGUGACGCGGCGCGAGGUGUUCGCAGCAGAAACUAGUCUGUCCUCUCCCAGUGCUCUUUAUUCGCGCGAACAAGAGAAGUGCUUCUUCACACUGGGAAGAACCGGCCUUGCUGUUCAUGGAACUUCCAGCAAGUUUCUUUCUUUAUGAGGCGUUAGUUCGCUUUUUCCCCCUCAUGAAGGCAAACAGCUCGCCAACCGACCAUCUUGCACGGAAAAUGCUUUCGUCACCGGUUUGUGCGAAUUACGUCAAAGGCACUUCUGCGAUCUGGUAGAACACUUCCGCAUUACGGAUGGAGGAGAGAAAGGGUGGAAGGGAUUCUGGUUCUGGUUGGACACAUUGGCAGUGACAGUCUAGAAAGUUCGAAACGGAGGUGCUGUAUAUGUGUGUAUGCGCGCGUGCUGCGUACGUUUAGAAGUUCUCACACACUCACACACAGGUACAUAACACACCAAGCAAAGAGUAAUGCAUGAUCAGUUGUUCAGGUUUUAGCUGAAGCAGUAUCAUAACUUUUUUUUUUAUCAUGAGAAAGCUUUUUGAGGAAUAUUUAAGUUUGAAAACCUAUAUUUCAAAGUCACAUCUUAUUUUUUGCUAUAAUGUUUUCAUUCUAUCACCGUUAGUGCGAGCUUUAUCUUUGCACCAUCUUCGCCAACUGUAUUGCUUAUUUUAUUUUAUUUUUACAUUUACAAAAUAAUUUGAAAGCAAAGAAUUGGACGCUAUUCUUUAUUUUUUAAGUAUAAACAGUUAAACUGGAGAAAUUACUACCGGUGUUUCGGUGUUAUUAGCAUGUUAAUGAAAUAAGAACAAAUGCAUUUUAGCAAGUGUUUAUUUUUUUAAAAAAAAUAAGAUGUGGACUUUAGCUAUAAAACAAGAACAAAAAGUAGGUUCUAUGUCAUGUCGAUUCUAAUGUGUACCUAAGAGUAUUUAGAACCUAAAGGAAUUGUUCAAGACUUACCGAGGGAAGGUCUCUCCGGGUGCAGCAAGACGUAGGUAGUCAUCUUUUGAUGAGGAAGUAGGUUUGGAGGGGACUGGUGGAAGGGAGGUUGAGUGCAGGGACAGGGUACCUCCGUGUGGUGUACCUUCAGACGAACUCUUCCUGGAUCUGCUGGUUUGCGUGUGCUGGCGGGAAAAAAAACAAACACUUCUCCAGUCACGUGAUGUCUACACGACAGUUAGGUGUCGGUGUGAGUGCCUGGUGAUGAGGUGUCAAGUGCUACGAAACUAAACUGAAAUUUUUAAAGCAGCCGAAAAUACCAAAGAACCGUUGCACAAACCGUGUAGCAUUUCGUGAAUCUGCUGUGGUGGUGCCCCGAGUGCAGGCGGCAGCAGCGCCUAUUACGACGUCACAGCUGACUGGGUGACGUUACAGUUAAAAUCGCAGCCUGGCGAUGGUGGUGGUGGUGGUGGUGUGGAAGUUGUCGUCAGCGAAUGCGUGCGACUGAAUGCAUGGCAAUUUGUCAUCCCCAAACUUUCAUCGUCUCCCCCCGCGUGUUUUUGUAGUUCAAAAUUUUUUUUAGGAGUGGUAGGAGGGAAUGAGAAAAAAGGGAGAGCAACAACAACAACAAAUGGAGUUGUGGCACAACAUGGCUACUGUACAGUACACCGUGUGCUGGUCUGUGUCCUGACAGGCGCGCGAACUAUUUUCUGAGGAUAAAUGUUUCAUGGCGAGGGUUUAGGCGCAAACCGUGUACAGUGUCCGAGGAAAUGAGACUGGAGUGAAUGGUCUCGCAGCUGAGCAGAGAACACUGGUUCCAUCAAUGCUACUGGUUUUUAUUUUUGUUUUUGUUGUUUUGGGUGGGAUUUUUUUUUUUUUUUUUUUUUGAAAUUAUUGCUCUUACAUGUAUUCUUGUUAAUGUACAUCUGGAGUCUUUCCAGUCUUGCGUUUUAUUUGUUUUGUGUGUGAGUGUGUGUACAAAGUCAAUGUCCUUUUUUAUUUUACAAUUAAUGCGACCUAGUCACAUCCUGUUAUCAGGACAAGGGUGCAAAUGAUUUUUAAACAUAUAUAUAUAUACGGCGCACGCACCGGGUGGGCAGAAGAGAAUGAGGAAAGAAAGUGGGCAGUCUGGCAGCUGACUGAUAAUUAAUUUUUUUUUAUUUGUUUGGGAAUUUAAAAAAAAAGUAAUCGAAAGAUUGCCGGUGGUGACGUCAUAGACUAACAGGUUCAGAAGUUCAAAGGUUUGUCCUGGGAUGACCUGCCGCGGGUCAUCUUUUCCAGUCUGUGCUACUGCUAUUACAUCCCUCAUUUCUAUUAGUGUUAGGCGGGAGGGGGAGGAAGCGGACGAAAUGUUUACUAAUAAGAACAGCUAAUAUUUUUAAUAUUUAAAAGACACCCUCAACAUCCCUGAAAUAUGUCAAUUUUCAUUCCAUUCUAGUAAUUAUUAUGCGCUUGCCAUUGUUUAAUGUAUCAAAUGCAAAGGAAUUUGGUUUUGUAAAUUCUCUCAUCUCGAAAAAUAAAAUCGAUUUAUAUUUCUUCAUCCUACAUUUUCUCCACUCUCCUUCCUGCUUACCAGGUCUCAAUAAAUCGGUUUUGCAAAGAUGAUUGAUAAGGAGAGCUUCAGAGGUAACAGAACAGCUUCAACGUUUGGCACAGUUUAGCUUUUUAUUUUUAUUUCUUUUUUUUUUUUUUGAAGGCACAAUUCACGGAGAUACGGAGAAGAAGCGCAGUGCUUUUGAUAUGCAAGCGCAUCAAAGAUGUCGAGAAUAUCAGGCUUAGUUAGUGAAAGAUAAGAGCUUACCUCUCCCGUGUGUCUGGCGUCGGGCGACCGGAAGUCUUAAUGCAGAUUACCUCAUUACCCUGCGAGUUUUAGGCUUUGUUCUCACUGGCUGCGUGUGCUGUAAAUGCAUUCCAAAUUAUUUAUUACGUAGGUCUGAGAUUCCUCGGUGCAUGAAGUUCAAGCCUGAUGCCUGUUUUUUUUUUUAAAGCUGGAAGUCACCAAACUUUGUGCAGCUAAACACAGCAUGCUUAAUAGCUGUCAGUCUUUGGUUUCUAUGUCCUACCACUCCCUCGAGUACCCCACCCCUACGUCCACCCCAUUUGGUUUAUCUGUCGAGAGGAAUAGUCGAGGACUAAAAAGAAGCCGCGGGGCGCCAAGGCCAGUCGUUUGACCUCGGCACAGUCGGGUGCUCCAGCCGAUCAUCACCCGAGAUGAACUUUCGUCGCCCGACGAACGGCUCUUGCAGUCUGCGCAUGCAAUGGAUUUUUUUGCUUUAAAAAAAAACUUAUUGGUAGUUUGCACUUGCUCAUUCUAAGUCCCCCCCCCCCCCAGCUCUCUCAGACUACCGAACAUGAAUCUGUGGGUGGAUUACCCUUCAUUCCUCAUGAUCCUCGCACCCUUAAUCUGUUCUGGUAAUUCUGUCCAUGAUUAUAGACUCCGGGCUUAUUCUAACGGGCGUCUCUCGAAACUAGUUCUUUGUAGUCUUGGUGUGAAUGUACAGACUGUUCAGACUGCUACGUCAUCACUGGAUGGGGCUGUGCAACGAUGGAACAGGUUCGAAUCGCGCGAAAGACACCCGCUUCCCUUAUCACGUGCCACGACUACCCCGAUUGAUGUAACAAAUACCAUGUUUGCUUGCUUCGUAGCAUGUUCGUCUGUACCUACAGAUUCCAGAAAAUCUUUUUUUUUUUGUAAUCGCUGGACAUGUGUCCUUCAAUGGCUGGAUGUAGAACAGUCAGAAUUCACCAUCAGCAUCGGGAAGAAUAAGCUAAAUCGACGCUUUUACUAAAAAAAAAUUUUCUAAACGCAUUUUAAUUCACGCUUUUCACACAGAGUUUGUUUAGGAGGUUUUGUUUGUUUGUUUUUUUAAUUUUAUUUCCCAUUAAUUAUAUAACUUAACUAUAAGAUCCAUGGCAAUGGAAACUGGAGGUGUGUUAAACUGGACCUAUUGCUGUAAAAAUGUGGUUGAGGCAGUGUCUAUGAUGCUGCUGCCCCGGAUGUAUUAUCAAUGUUGGUGUGGAUGAGGCUGCAGACGUGAGCGUGCUCGUGAUUUCUCGAAGACCAAAGGAAACAUUAUUAUCUGUUCCGGAUAUAUAGCUUUAGCAUCGAGUCGGCCAGACCUGUGUGUACAUACAAAUUUGAACAAAGAACUGGAAACAUGGCCUGGCGACUUGACAUGCCAAAUGCUGUUGUUCAAAUUAAACUUUCGCGAAUAUUUUUUUUUUCUUUUUUUGUAUGUAGAUUGUGGCUGCGGCACUUCUUGUGUGUUACAGUGAAGUGCGUAGUACUGUGUUUUUACAGGUGUGUCUUGAUGAUUUGGUUUUCAUGUCCACAUCUUCUGUGGGUGGGGGUCUAGGUUAUGAUAAUCAUAACUGUUAUAUUUUCUGUGACCUGACUUUGACAUAGACUUUUCGUGGUAGAGUGUUGACAUUGGUAGUGUGUGUCCGUGCAAACGGGUGUCUUAUUUUCAUAUGGAACUUGUACACGGUUGCAAAACAAGUAGUGGCGACCAGACUUUUGCCCUCGUUUGUCGGUGUGUAUUUGUUCAUAUGCACGUUCGUUGGUUCGUUUGCUGGUUUGUCUUGUCACAAAAGAUGGUCAUCAUAUCGCGUGAACGGGGUGUCGAGUGUCAAAACUUUAAAGGGCAGCCGUUUUACUAUCUUGUCAUGUAUAUUUAAUGUGAUAGCGGGUUCUUAAAUUAACUACAGAAAUAAACAUCGACAUUAGCAAGUGGUAGGGGGUGGGUGGGUUCACAUUCACUUCUGUACAAUACCAGUAAUUCGCUCGUCAAGAAGCUCAAAUUUCGCCAAAUUGCUCCUGGUUAGCAACGUUUGAUAGAAAGAAAAAGAAAAGCAAUUAAAUACAGUACAAACAAAAUAACAUUCCCGAUUAACAAACGGUUAGCAUAUUUUUAAACUUAGUCUUACGGUUAGUGAAGGCGGCUCAAUUCCUGUAAAAUUUUAAAAUAAACCUUGUUACUAACCCGUUAAAAAGGAAAAGCAGGAUUAGACACCCCGCGACCCCCCGCUUUCUCUUCUGAUCAGGGAAUUGUUUUUCUUGUAGAACAAGCACCGGGAACGGUUAAAGGACAGUUGAGACAAGUCCUAGGAGCGGAAAUUUCGAGAAGUAUCUUCGGGUUUGCAAGUGAGAGUCGGGGUUGGGUGGCAAAAUUGUUGUCUUAUAUUAUCUUCUACAAUUUGAAGACAUCACAGCGGGGUCAUGGAACAUAUCUCGGCGAAGCCCUGUGCUUAAUAAAAACGAGAAAAGAAAGAGUGUAAUUUUAAGCAGUGAAUAAAAUUACAGUUGAAAUUAUAUUUAUUCUCUGCUUAAAAUUGUAGUUGUGGACAGUAGAAAUAAAAUAAUGCAUUGUCAACAGUCAGUCUGAUUUCGCUCUGUGCCUCACAUAUUCGUUUGUGACAACAGCGACCGCUGACGACUAUUUAAAAAAAAUAUUGGCUCGAGUUGAAGAUUAAAAUUUGACAGAAAGUUGUGGCGAAAAUAAAAGAAAUAAAUAAGGUAUAUAGAAUUCUUUUUAUCUUAGGAUGUGAGGGAUAGGAGUGAUGUGUGUUUGUUAAUUGUAUCAGGUGUAUGUGAGACAAGCGGGCAUUGGUGUGAGGAUGAGAUGUGUGAGACCUCGUGUGGAAAAACUGGCAAUGUUGCCCCCACACCCACUGGUUGGUACACUGGCUGCAUACAUUUAAUCAUGUUUGAAUUUUUGUAAGGGACAUCGGGAGAAUAUUAACCAUCUUUUCUUAAUUUCUUUCUGAACUGUGGCAAGUGGAAACGAAUGUAUAAAUUAUUAUUUUUGCAAUGCUAGGGAAAUUUGUUUUUAUAUGUUAAUUUUGUUGUUGUUGAUUUUUUUAUCUAGAUUUGUUAAAAUAAUUUUCCUGUUUGUUUCUUGCGUACGAGGAAUAAUUUGAGUUUUAAAAUUUGUCUGAAGUGUGGAGGUAACAUUCUCAAGAUGUGCAUCCAGUGACCCGAGCUGGUGUUUGUGUGUGCGUGCAUGAAGAUUUAUUCUGAGAAAAUGUUCUGAAAUACCUGCAGAAUGUGUCUGUCUGUAUGCCUGUACCACAGACCUAGUGACUUAUAAACAACCAACAGCUAGAACCUCUUGACCUGUCCGUUAAAAAAGAAAAUUUUAGAAAUUUGUUUUCAGCAUAAUUCUUCUUAUUUUUAUGUGCUGUGCGACAGGUCGAUAAUUUUAGCAUUUAUCAGUUUAUUUCAAAUUUUAUAACAGCGAGAGGGUGUGAGACUCGGAUACUUCGCCAAAGAAUUAUAAAAAUUAAUUUUGUAUGAAUGUGUUAUUUUAAUUUUCUGCGCAUUUCAUUUUCCUGUGUAGAACUGAAUUAGGAUAUUUUUAUUUAAGAUUUUAUAGCAUUCAAUAUUUUAUCUAAUAUUUAAUAUUUUAUUUAUGAUUUCAGAAUUAAGAGACUGAAUAUUGUUAUGAGUAUUUUAACAGUGAAGAGUAAUUUUUUAAAGUUUGAGUUUUCUUAGUUGUAGAGGAAAAAUUUUAUCAAUCAGCACUCUUCCUUUUAUUCUUUAUUUCUGUAUUAACGAACAGUGUAAAGUAUUUUAUUCUACCAUGAACGUGGAUUUAUUCUCUUAACUAAAAUAACUUUUUCGUGAAAGUAAUUUUUAGAAUUUGAAAAUGUUAGUAAAUGGAGUUUAAGACAAACUGUUUCUUCACUUUUGACCACAAGCGUGGUUUUCUUUAGGUUUUAUUUCAGUUCUGCAUUCCUGCCACCGGACAUAUUUGUGUAUAUUUUGCGGUUAGGGCUGAUGCACCACUCUACACAUAUAAGUAUAAGCUUCAUGACUACAUGGGGAACAGAAAGGUGGGGGCUGAGACAUUUAGUUCUUCUUUCUGUAAAGACGAGAAGUGAUCCUGUAAGCUCAAACUUCAGUCAAUAUUCUGUGACAGUGAAUGAUGUGGAUGGUCACGUGACUGUUUCCUGUUGAUGUCAGUAUGGUGUAAAGACUUGCAAUGGAGUGGUGGGUGGGGGAGGUGAUUCAGAGAAUGGGGGGAAGGAGUGCAUGGUGGUUGUGAGAGACUUUUCAUUUUGUGUAGCUGGCCCUGUGUGUGGUGUCCCCGUGCUGUGCGACUGUUGGCUGUAGGCGCAAUGAUGACAUAUACCUCCGUGGAAAUCAAAACAAAAGGGAAAAAACAUAAAAAAUACUUGGUAUGUUAUUUGUUGUCUUUCUCUGUGGCGGCCCCAAUAUUUGGAUUGGGCCAGAAUGUUACGUUUGACAUGAGGAAGUAAAAGGAACAUAUGUUCUCCGCUGUAUACUUGUGUAGCUCAUUGACUGGUUAUGUACAUGACUGCUGCCGAAUACCCGUAAAUAAAGAAGUGCUACGCAUUCUCA